CUGCUAAAUAACUGUAAAUGUUUCAAAAGUAAAUCUAAGCAAAAACAAUUAAAAUUACACACUUCAAUUCAGUGAAAAAAAUUCAAUUUACAAAAUAUUAUAAAAAUUUCUUUAAAAAUGUAAUUUUUCAUUAAAACAAAGAAAAUGCUAUUGAAUAGUUUAAUAUUGACUAUAACUGCUGGUCUAAUACGUCUCACACAAGCCAUACCCAGCGGAUUUAUAGCCGCGGAUGAUGAUGGUUUAAACUUUGUAGUGGCAAUAUACGAUCAAGAGAAAUACAUCUGUGGCGGUACAAUUAUAACGCCGAAUUUUGUAGUCACCGCCGCACAUUGUUUUAAGCGAGAAAGUGAAAUAACUGAUAUAAAAAUUAUAUGUAAAACAGUAGAUUUAACCGAUAUAAAAGAAGAGAAUAUCAGAAAUGUCAAAGAGAUUAUCAUACAUCCACGCUAUUCAGCGCUAAGUAGAGAUUUCGAUAUAGCAUUGUUGCGGUCUGAGUAUCCAAAUGUAAGAAAAUUAGGUUUAGCUACUUAUUAUGAUGUCUACUAUGAUGAAUAUACUACAGCUGUGGGUUGGGGUCUACAAGCGGAACCUAAUGAUGUGCCACCGGUUCGAUUAACCUAUAAUAUCCUGCAGGUUUGGCAAAGAGAAUCAUGUAAUUCCCGUCGAAUAUGGGGACCAGAUGCCUAUUAUCUUUUUAAACCUUUGGUAAGCGAACGUAUGUUAUGCGCCGAUGUAAGAGAUGUUGCACCGGGCACUUGUGUGAGUGAUGAUGGUUCACCUAUGCUUACAAAUGGUCCGGAAAUUUUGGGUAUAUUAUCGUGGCGUUAUGAUUGUCAAACGCCUGGCAAGCCAUCGGUGUAUACGAGUAUACCUUUGAUGAAACAUUGGAUAUUAAAAAUUGUAGAAAACAAUGCGAUGAAUAAACAAUAAAUAAGCAAACUUUUUAUACUUUUUCAGUUCUAGUUCGGAUCUAAAACAGUUCUAGUUGAGU